AGUAUUUUAUUGUACCGAAAGAUUUCCCAAAAUAAAAUAAUUUAUUAUUAUUUGUAAAUAGCAAAACGACAAGGAAGAAGAGCAUAAUGGGAGGUUACUGGCUAAAAAGCUUCCAUUAAGUUUUGGUUUCUUUCCAUUAAAUCACCUGCUUAACUACUUUUUAAGCUCCAAAAAAAACAAAUUCAGACAGGAAUCAGAUGAAUGGCUUCCUAAAAGUGGAUAUCUGAUUUCAGUUUCUGCUUAUUAUAGAGAGAGAAAGAUGUCUGACCUAGAGUUUCUUCUAUUUCUUCUUCUAUCAAUCUUCUCUUUGCUUCUCAUCUUCAAUCUCAUCAACAAAAAGCAAAACAAUACUCUCAAUCUUCCACCAGGCAACAUGGGCUGGCCUUUUAUUGGUGAAACCAUCGGCUAUCUCAAGCCAUACACAGCUACUUCAAUAGGUGAAUUCAUGGAGCAACACAUAUCAAGGUUUGGGAAGAUUUACAAGUCCAAGUUGUUUGGCGAGCCAACGAUAGUCUCGGCAGAUGCUGGACUCAAUAAAUUCAUAUUACAAAAUGAAGGGAAGUUGUUUGAAUGCAGCUAUCCAAGAAGUAUAGGUGGGAUACUAGGAAAAUGGUCUAUGUUGGUUCUAGUUGGUGACAUGCAUAGAGACAUGAGGCUUAUCUCUCUCAACUUCUUGAGCAACACUAGGCUCAAGACUCAUCUAUUACCAGAUGUAGAGAAGCAUACCUUGUUGGUACUAAGCUCUUGGAAGGAGAAUAUCACAUUUUGUGCUCAAGAUGAAGCCAAGAAGUUUACUUUUGAUUUGAUGGCAAAACAAAUCAUGAGCUUGGAUCCAGGAAAGCCUGAGACUGAGAAGCUGAAGAAAGAGUAUGUUACUUUCAUGAAAGGAGUGGUAUCUGCUCCUUUGAACUUGCCUGGAACUGCAUACAGAAAGGCCUUACAGUCUCGAUCGAUCAUUCUGAAAUUUAUUGAGUGUAAAAUGGAAGAAAGAAGUCAGAAAAUGAGAGAGAGGAGUGAGAAUUUGGAGGAAAAUGAUCUUCUUGGAUGGGUGUUGAAGAAUUCGGACCUUUUUAAAGAGCAAAUUCUUGACUUAGUACUAAGCCUGCUCUUUGCUGGCCAUGAAACUUCAUCAGUUUCCAUAGCUUUAGCUAUCUACUUCUUGCAAGAUUGUCCAAGUGCUGUUCAACAAUUGAGAGAAGAACACAUUGAAAUAGCCAGAGCCAAGAAACAAUCAGGAGAUACAGAACUGAAUUGGGAUGAUUACAAAAAGAUGGAAUUUACCCAAUGUGUUAUAAGUGAGACGCUGAGGCUUGGUAAUGUGGUGAGGUUUCUUCACAGAAAGGCUGUCAAAGAUGUUCGGUACAAAGGGUAUGACAUUCCAUGUGGGUGGAAAGUGCUUCCAGUGAUUGCAGCCGUGCAUUUGGAUUCUUCACUUUUUGACCAACCUCAACACUUCAAUCCGUGGAGAUGGCAGAUCAAUCAUGGCUCUACUUCUACUCGCUCAAACAUGACAGCAAGUACUAGCUUCAUGCCAUUCGGAGGAGGACCGCGACUCUGCGCCGGAUCUGAAUUGGCCAAAUUAGAGAUGGCUGUAUUCAUCCACCAUUUAGUCCUCAACUACCACUGGGAGUUAGCCGUUGCUGAUCAAGCUUUUGCCUUUCCAUUUGUGGACUUUCCAAAAGGCCUCCCCAUUAGAGUCCAACGCCGCACUUUCAUGUGAAAGCAACACUCUACCACAACUUAAAAAUGGACCUCAAUAUUUAAACAAGCUUAUUUGACAGUUUAAGACAGGUUUCAUGGAUUUUCAAACAGUCUAGUGUAAAUUGUUUUGACCGUAUCUACUUAUAUAUUCAUUAAGGUUGGAAGAGACGAGACAAGAUACUAAAUAUUUUGGUACAUAUCCGGAGUAGUCAUUUCAUAUAAAUUUUAUUUCUCCUCUGAAACUUAUUUGUAUGUUUUUUAUUUGUAUCACUGUAAACCUUUUGUUUUUGUAAUUUAAUUUGAUUUGAUGAGUUUGUUGUAA